AGCUGUUCUACGAGCGGUUAGAGGACUAGGAGGCUCGGACAAGAUCGAGCUCGCUAAUUUCUCGUCUGGGAUCCACCCAGGAACUGAGCGGGGACAACCUGCUCCUUAUUUCAGGUUAUCUCUCGAAGGGAUAGCAACAAGUACCAGUCGGUCUCUCCAGUUGCGAGAGGCGAACAGCCUGUGCAGCAGCCAAGCAAAAGAUCCACGCCAAAGCCCGACUCGGCGCUCAGCUGGGAGCCGCAGCUUUGCCGAGGCUUUCCAAUCUCUUCGUCCUUUAACCCUUUCGCGAAUGCUCUGAAGGCGGUCCUUCCUGUCUCUCAACUUACUCUCCUCGACAUAAACAUCGGCAGCGGUAGCAGCAGCAGCAACAGCAGUGGCAGUAGGAGCGCGAAGGCGACCACCGCUGCGGACAGCAUGGCGGCGCAACCCAGUGCUGGCGUUGGCGUUGCUGCGCUCUUGCAUAGCUGGUUUGGCUACGGCUUUGCAGGGAGCGUCGGUGACGCUGGGCUGGAUGGCUCACAGCAGCAGCACCUUGCUGUGCGCUCGGUGGCGGCUUCAGGCGCUUCAUACGCAACGUCCGAAAGGCUAUUUCCUGCAGUGUGGCGCUUUACAAACGCGCCUGGCACUACCGCCUGGAAUGCUUUCACCCAUGUGGAUGGCGGGUUCUUGCUUUUCUUGCUUGGUAUUCUUAUUGGCCUGAUAUUCGCCGCGUGGACGAACCCAGGCGACAUUUCAUUCCAGUCUUUCUUGACCGAUCUGACCUUUAGGGUACGCCUCAAAGCCAUGCACGAUGAUCUUGGGUUCCAAGCGAGCGGCGAAUUGCACGACGACGAAGAAGAGGAGGCACCCGUCAGCAGGAAUGGAGCUGUGUCUGGCAGCAGCAGCAGCGUCAAGAUGCUUGGCGUCACAGCAGGCAAGAAGCGCGAUCAUCUUGGCGUCGCCGGCGCCGCCUCACCAUCAACUAUUACAGGCAGGGCUGCGACGAAAGGUCAAUCAACAUCUCUGCCUCUGGCUGCUUCGUCCCUCUCCGCAUCGGCCGCAGGCAAGCGUGAUGAUCCAGCAGCAAGCAUGGACAUGGGUCCUUCACCACAUGUCCUCUCCUUUGCCAAUCACCUAUCCAUCUCCGUCCAGACGCCUCCGUACAAACGGUACGACUAUGGAAUCUUCUCGCUUGUCAGCGUCCAGCGGCGUUGCGCAACUGUAACCGCAGUAGACAUGGCGGCUUCUGGCGGUGGGAGAUCGGCGUCAGUGCCUACGGCGGCCGGCAAGCACGGCGCUGCAACCGGAGCGAGUAGUGUCGGUGUUGGAAUGGGAAGUGGCAGAAUGGAAGAUGACUUUAGCAGUGCUGGGGGCGCCGGCGGGAGGAGACGCGGCAAGGCUUUGAAGAGGCAGCAAGCGACAAAGGAAGUUGCUGGCUCCGUCAAGCGCCCCUGUCCUGCUGGUUCUGCAACUGACUUUUCAGGAUAUGGCAAGGCUUCGACUACCAGGCCUGAUGCAGACGGCAGCAUACAGCAUACAACCCCAGUGAUGGGGAUGCUUUCGGCCGUCGAAGAAAAACAUUACUGGUUCCUAGGCAUUUUCGGCCAAUGGUUUGUCGGCUCGCCAGGUUGGUCAAACACUUUUUUGGAGGACACGCGUGGCCUGGCAGAUCCGUGGUACCAUCCGCCACUGUCGCACCAGAAACGGACGAGUGACGAAGGGUGGGGCAUUAUCAAUAUGUCGAAUGACUUUUCGGAUAAUCAUGACUAUACGGACGGCACCUUACGAGCGCUUGAGGCUGGCGAUGUGCUGGAAGACGAAGAUGUCUCACGCGAGUCGAGAUCUCAUAGACUCUUACCUGAUGGGAGGGAAAACACCGAGCACGUGCAUGCGCCUUCUCCAUCGGAUGAAACGCUUCUGCCGCCAGCGAUUGCACCGUCAUCGAAUAAGGCACGCAAGCGAAAGGGUCCGCCGGGAAGGCAGAAGGCUGGCGGCGCUGCUGGAGGCUCAUCUCCUCAACAGUCGCCUGCUGCGCUAUCGUCUUCCGGAAACCCGCAAGAUUCUGGCGCACAAGCUGAGAAUGCAACUGGGCCGGCUAGUCCGAAUGUUCGAAAUCAUCAUCGCAAACUGGUCGCGCCGUCAUCAGGGGCAUCUUUGGAAACAGCUUCCGCAAGGAUUCACGAGGGUGACCAUGCGCAGCGCAGCAGCGAGCAGGCAGAUCUCGAAUCACUCAUCGCCGCAGUGGCAUCCUCGAGGGCAGCUGUCGGAGACUUAGAAGGGCAAUUUGAAGCCUUGCAGGCCUCGAACAACGCCACGAAAACAUCACUGCAGCAACAACUGGAGGAGCUGCGGGCAAAAAAGAAGGAGGAAGACUCGGUGCGGAGCGACUUGCGUAGCAAGAUGAAGGGACUCGAUGAGAGCAAGCGUGUGGCAGAGCUGCAUCGUAAGGACGCAGAGCGUAAGCUGAAGGCUGCGUUGACUGCGCGUGAAGGACACCAGACGCGCAUUGAAAAGCAGUUGAACGAGAUCAAGGCGCUAAAGCAAACAGCGGAAAUGUGCAAAGAGAAGCUCGAGGGCAGUCAGCAAGAGCGGUUGGACAAGGAAGUGCAGUUAGAAAACGACAGGGCCGUGAAGGAGGCAGAUCUGAAGCGCAUCGUUGCUCGGGCUGCUGAUUUGCGACAACGGGAAGGCGACGUGCGGAAGCAACUGCUUGCAGCGAAGUCGGGUCUCGAAGAAGCACGCGUGCGGCUGCAACAACGACAAGCCGCAGCUUUCGAGGCAGUACUUCGACAAGCUUCCGAAACUGUCAUGCAACAACAACAUCGCUCAGUGUCGAAUUCGGCCAUGACAGUGCUCGAGAACGACAUUACUGCCUCAGAAGCGCUUUUCGACCCCACAGCAAAGCUCGCUGCGCCACCGACAAUCUAUCCAUCGCUUGCCGGACCAGGCGACUUGUCCUUGACUGAGCCGGACCUCAGUGGACUACCCGAGAGGCGUGGCCUUUACUCGGUUAACGAUGCAAUGUCUGCUCCAAGGCUAGUCGCUCCCAUGCCGCUGCAACGCUUCGGCUUCGAUGCUCGCACCAAUGACGAUGACCACGCCGAUAACGAAUUUCAUGACGCGGAAGAAGGACAAGAGCCAGAGGUACCAACGAGCUUCGUCAACGGCAGAUUCGCUCGGAUGACUCAAACCGAGGCUCUGUUCUAUGAGAACGACCCUUCGACAAUGAUGCCUGCGACGCCCAUCUCGCCCUUUUCGACUGGGCUUCUGCCAAGUAAUCUCUUUCAAAAUCUGGAUGAGGACGCUCAAGGCAACCUUGUCUCUCCGAGCCAUGUCAAUUCUAUGUUUGCUCGAUUCGGCAUUCCUGCACAAUCGGACGGUAUUUCUGCAAAUUCUGAAGGCAGAACACACAUGUCCAUGGACCCUGCAGAGAUAACCUCUGGUCGGAGCGAGACUUCCGAUGCUGCCCAACUCGAAUCAGCUUCCGAGGCAGAGAUGGGGGAGGGUGACAAACCGAUGAGGAAGAGCAUGUCCUCUCGUCGCAGCUGGUGGGGGAAGCGAGCGUCAAAGGACACGUCUGCGGAGGCGUCCGCUUCGCCGGCGCCUGACGCCGGGGCUCGCUCUAGCGAAACGGGCGAAGAGAAUACUUCGGAUGCAGAUGUUGGGAAGCGGCGUUCCUAUGGCAUGUUUCCUCGGAUUUCGAUGAACCCAUCAGCAAAAUCUUUCCCUGGGUCGGCGCAGCCCGGAAGUAAGGCCGAUCAAAAUGCAGCCCGGCAGGUGCCUUCGAUCUCACGUCCAAUCGGACCGCUCAUUCCGCUCAACAAUACGGUCAAUGGGACUUUAUCUUCGGACUACGAAGCGGUGCGCCGUGCAUUUCAGUUGCCUCUUGGAGCUGAGGACGAGGAAUCUGGGCGCAACUCGUGGUCGGCAUUCGACACAUGGCAGGCCAACGAAGGUGCACGACGUGCAAUGUUACAAGCGGCGCUGACCCAGCAGAACAGCGGAGCGCCCAUCACGUACGACCCUCGCUUCUCUUCUGAUUCGCUGCCAUUGGCUCUGCAUCAACGCGUGGACCGCUGGCAGGGCAGCUCUGGCAAUUUGCCUUUGGACAGAACCACGUCUGCUGAACUCAGCACCAGCGAUGCUAGUUCCGGUGUCAGCCGCGGGAGGAGCGUCAGCAGCCGCUUGGCUUUCUGGGCUUCGAACAGCGAGAACAUGAAGUCGGUCUCGCCUGCGCGGACGCCAAACCUUGACACUGGGACUGACGCCGAAGCGAGCUCGGAGCUCUCAUCCUCACCAAACAUGGCUCGCACGCCCGGCUCGCGCCGUAAAUUCUGGUCUAGGAAGGCAGAAGCUGAACCUGAGCCUAUGUAAAGUCGCUCAUGCAUUACA